AUGGCGCCUGGAUUUUCUUUCGGUUUUGCGGGAGACGACAUCGAGGACGACGGGCAACCAACCUCUCAGGUCAACAGCGUAGCCCCUCCGACACCGUCAGCGGCGACAAGUGCCAGUGCUUUUCCCGUCCAGGGAAAGCCUCUGCUGCCACCAACCCACCAUGAUAUCGAUCACAUGCUAUCGAGGUUGCCCUCCAAGAUCGCCUACAGCCUACUAGAUGUCGAGCUAGAAGAGGGCAAGACCAUUCAGAUCCCGCGUCGAGAGUUGUGGGAUGUUCGGGUGCAGCUCAUGGCUGAGGAUGAUGGCUCAAAUAUCUCCGAGACGGAGCCCGGCCUGGGGGAGCACGAUGUCAAGACGGGUAUCUACGAGGGUGGCUUCAAGAGCUGGGAAAGCAGCGUCGACUUGGUCAAGGUGCUCGCCUCCGAAAACGCUCCCACGAUACUCAAUCGCGAUCCUUGUGUGCUGAUGGAGAUUGCUUUUCAGCUGGGCUGCGGCACUGCCCUGCCGUCCCUCGCGCUCUUUCAGUGGGCAAUGAACGAGAGAAAGUCUGGAGAGAAGCAGCCGCUUACGCUUGUACUGGCUGAUUAUAACCCAUCAGUUCUCUAUCUCGUCACUCUGCCCAACUUUCUCCUCGCUUGGGCGCUCUUUCAGCGAGAAAGCACUCCUGUCCUUGCGGAUGCCUUUUCGCUGGAGGACGAAGUCGAACUGCUCCCCGAAGUGGUCGAAGCCUUCAAGGAGUUCCUUACCUCCAACCAAAUCACGCUUUCUUUCCUAUCGGGUGGAUGGUCCCCAGAGUUUAUCGACCUUCUUUACAGCUCUGGUAUUCCCUCAAACCCCACAGGAAGUGUCCAGACACUGGUCAUCGGCGCAGAGACCAUUUACUCGCCAUUUGCCCUCGAGAGCUUUGCGGCCACGCUGCUUUUGAUCCUGGAGCGAGAGCGCAAGGAGCGUCCAAGUGGCCAUGCUUCCUCUAUUGUGGGCGCAAAGAAGAUGUACUUUGGCGUCGGAGGAUCGUUGGACGACUUUGUCGACCGGAUGAGAGGACUUGGUGCUUUGGUCGAGCCUUUGCGCGAGGAGGCUGAGGGUGUCCGGCGUGGAGUUGUGCGGUGUUUCCUCUCCUGAGGGUUGGUUUAGGAUAAAGCCAUCUGGUUAAAGAUUCCCGUCACACAUCGUCCCCGCAGAGACAAAAACCCAUCGACGCGUUGUUUUGAUUGGGCUUCAACAGUUAUGCAUGUCCCAACGAUCAACUGACUCCUUCCUGCAGCACGACGCUGGGUUUCAUCCAAGUUCCACGAGUUCGGAUGUACGGUCUCCUAGCUUUGUUUCGGACCACCUACGUACCUGUCAAACAUGCGGCGACAUGGACAACCCCGUCUGUAGGCAGUGCGACGCUGUUUACUUUGACUCUGCCUCGAUUCCUGAAACAAAUUUAUGCCCACGAGACUUGGCCUGGCUGUUUACGACAUCUAGGCGGACAAGAUGGAAGUAAGGCAAAUGGCAACCAGAUGUGCCAGACUGCUGCAUGAGUGGGUGUAACGUCGGUAAUCAUUGCAUAAACGACGUCCAAUGGUCUGUCAUUAUCUUAUUCGACAUUGCUGCACC